UAUGUAUGUGUGUAUAUACUUGUAGAUGAUUACUUUCAACAAAUUAAGCAUUAUAUAUUCGUUGAAAAUUGAAAAGUAAGACACAGAGAAGAUGAAGAGGGUGUGUGUAACAGGAGCAGGAGGCUAUAUUGCUUCAUGGGUUGUGAAGCUUUUGCUUUCCAAAGGUUACAUGGUUCAUGGAACUGUAAGAGACCCAUGUGAUGAGAAAAAGAAUGGUCAUCUGAAGAAGUUGGAAAAUGCUGAAGAGAGGUUGAAGCUGUUUAAGGCAGACGUGCUAGAAUAUGAAAAUCUUUGUGCUGCCUUCGCUGGUUGCAUUGGGGUUCUUCAUGUUGCCUCCCCUGUUCCUGGUGGUCCUGUAUCUAAUCCCCAGGUGGAACUACUGGAUCCUGCUAUAUUAGGAACAAAAAACGUAUUAAAUGCAUGUUUGAACGCUAAAGUGGAAAAGGUUGUUGUGGUCUCUUCUGCAUCUGCUCUUUUAGGGAAUCCUAAGUGGCCCACGGACCUGGAAAUGGAUGAAAGCUGCUGGACAGAUAUAGAAUAUGCCAAGUCGAUUGAACAUUGGUAUGCUAUGUCGAAGACAGUAGCGGAGGUUGAAGCUUUGGAAUAUGGAAAACGAGAUGAUCUGAGUGUCGUUACAAUUUGUCCAUCUUUUGUCAUUGGGCCAAUGUUGCAAUCCACCAUAAAUGCCACUAGCUUAAUUCUUUUGAGCUACAUGAAAGAGGAAGGUAGAACCGGAGGGGACACAAUAGAGAACGCAGAACGUCCAUAUGUAGAUGUUCGUGAUUUGUCCGAGGCAAUUUUAUUGUUGUACGAGAAUCCUGAAUCCAAUGGGAGAUACAUAUGUUCUCCAUACUCGCUAAGGACAAGAGAUUUUGUUGCAAUGAUGGAGAACAUGUUUCCUGGCCACACUUAUCCUAAGAUUUUUACAGAGAAAAGUGGUCGUACACUGCUAAGUUCGAAGAAGCUGGUUAAUUUGGGAUGGAGUUAUAGGCCACUAGAAGAGACCAUAGUUGACACCGUAAACAAUUAUGAAGAACUUGGUUUCUUGGAGAAAGGGAAGCCAUAUCCAGCUACAAUUAAGUUCUGAGUUAUUUGUUCCUUGACAUAAUUUGUUGCUCAUCUAUGAGGAUUAAUUUAUGUUGCUUUAUUGUUUAUAUUUUCAAUUCACCCUUUAGAAAUAACUAUGAGACAAUGUAGUGUAACAAAUUACAUGAAAAUAAUGAAUAUAUUUACCUUUUCAUAUGUA